AGCGGAAGUGUCAGAGCAGGCGGAAGUGGUACUGCCCUGAAUAUCCCGAGCAGCAAGCGGAGGACGGCUUGAGAUACUCCCAUCGUUAAGAGAAUAAAAUCAGGAUCUCUAAUACGCUCAAACUCCUAAAAGAUGGAUAAGAACGACCUGGUGCAGAAAGCCAAGCUGGCAGAGCAGGCCGAGCGCUACGACGACAUGGCGGCUGCCAUGAAGGCUGUGACGGAGCAGGGCCAGGAGCUUAGCAACGAGGAGCGCAACCUGCUCUCCGUUGCCUAUAAGAACGUGGUGGGGGCCCGCCGUUCUUCCUGGCGCGUCAUCUCCAGCAUCGAGCAGAAGACGGAGGGGAACGAGAAGAAACAGCAGAUGGCCCGUGACUACCGCGUGAAGAUCGAGGGUGAACUCCAAGAAAUCUGCCACGACGUGCUGAACCUGCUCGACAAAUUCCUCAUUGCCAACGCAUCUCAGGCAGAGAGCAAGGUGUUCUACCUCAAAAUGAAAGGAGACUACUUCAGAUACCUGUCAGAGGUGGCCUCUGGGGACUCGAAGAAGGAAACGGUGGAGAACUCUCAGAAGGCCUACCAGGACGCCUUUGACAUCAGCAAGAAGGACAUGCAGCCAACACACCCCAUCCGGCUGGGCCUGGCCCUCAACUUCUCCGUCUUCUACUAUGAAAUCCUCAACUCGCCCGAGCAGGCCUGCUCUCUGGCCAAGCAGGCUUUCGACGAAGCGAUCGCCGAGCUUGACACCUUGAACGAGGAUUCAUACAAAGACAGCACGCUGAUCAUGCAGCUACUAAGGGACAACCUUACUCUGUGGACAUCAGAAAACCAGGGAGACGAGGGUGAAACCGGCGAAGCAGACAACUAGAGCGCACUUCACUGUUAUCCCAUCCCCACACUUCUCCUCUUCCUCCUCUCCCUGUAUCUCCUCCUCUUCCUCCUCUCUUCGUACACAUAAACAGCCCGUUCAUUCCCUCGUUCCCGCCUCUCCGAGCCCGGCCGCCUGACUUCCCUUCUGUAUAACCAACAGCAUGAAUAGCACCCGACCUUCACAAAUAUUACUGAGCGAACGAGGCGAGGUUAAGGACCGCGCCGCCCGUUGCCCCACCCGCCCUCUCUCCAUCAUGGCACUCCAACCCAGGCCAGCAGGCUCACACCUCUGGCUGGUUUAGUCUUAUAGCACGCAGAGAGGGUUUUUAUCCCAAACCACCAACUAAAUGAACAUCUUCCAGAGCCCGCCUUCUCCUGUUUAUACCUUCCUUGUUUAAUCUUUCUCUUCCAUCCCUCCCUCCUAACAUCUCAGUACGUUCUCUCCCUCCUCCCCUCCUGUCCUAGUGAGUUAAAGCAUUUAUAUAGUUGUCCAUUCCUUCUCUGUUUGGCUUUUCAUAGUGUACUGGCAAAGAAUGGCUGGUUUUAUUCCACUUUAAACAAAACAAAGGUUAUUAAACUGUCCGUUUAUUUUCAACAAA